AUGACUAUUGAUUGGAACUACUUUCUCAGUGAGGAGGGCCGGCUCAGAGAAGGGUCUGUGAUGACCAUCCCCACUGGUGAGGACAUUGUCUCUCUCGCCGCAGGCUUGCCGAAUCCAAAAUGUUUCCCCCUUCACGGUAUCCAUGUUGACGUGCAGUCUCCAGUGAAGAACUUCACAACAACAGACAAGAUAUCGAGAAUCGCCGAAACUCCUAGGGGCGAAGUCACAGAGAGUUGCCAGUACAUCUCCUUCGAUGGCUUGACAAACUUCAAUGCAUGGGUGCAGAAAUACCUUGUCACCUACUUCAAACCAGCAUAUGAAGAUUGGAAUUGGAUCAUCCAGUCGGGCGCCACUCAGUCGCUAGAGUCCAUCAUGAGGUUGUUAUUGAACCCGGGAACCGAUACGAUCCUAUGCGAGAGCCUCACAUACUCAUGCUUCUUGGAAACUUGCAUCCCCUUGAGAGUCAAGCUCGUCCCAGUGGAAAUGGACGAAUUUGGCCUUGUUCCAGCUAAAUUGGAAACACUCCUGGAGAAUUGGCACUCAAAUGACCUCGUCAAGUCUCUCACGUUUCCUAAACUGUUGUAUACUAUGCCAACCGGUCAUAAUCCGACAGGAAUAACCUUAUCUACAGAACGGAGGAAACAACUACUGGACGUUUGUAAUAAGUUCAACAUUCUAAUCGUUGAAGACGACCCCUAUUACCAUCUACAGUUGGAUAACAACAGACACAUACCAUCCCUUGUACAAUUCGACACUCAGGGAAGAGUCAUUAGAAUUGAUUCCUUUUCAAAAAUGUUAAUGCCAGGGUUGAGAGUUUCCAUAGUCACUUGUAAUGGCUUCUUCAGGAAAAAGUUAUCCAUGCAUAACGAACUAUCCAUCCAUUCUGCAAGUGGACCUUCUCAAUUGAUGCUACAAAUGAUCUUCAAUGAAUGGGGGGACACGGGCUUCUCCAAAUGGUUACAACACAUACAAUCAAUGUAUAGAGAAAGAAGGGACUUGAUGUUGCAAGCCUUUGACAGUCAUCUCCCACAUGAACUGGUCACUUAUAACAGGCCAAACUAUGGAAUGUUCAUCUGGGUCAAUGCAAAACUGGAAAAAUUCAAACAACCAAGGGACUCCAAAUUGAAACUUCAUGAAUGGGCACAACAUAUCGAAGACCUCAUCUUUAAAGUAGCCUCGGAGAAAUACAGAGUCACAGUAACAAAAGGUCGGUGGUUUAUGCCUGACAAGUCAACCCCCAUUGCCGGCUUUAGAGUCACUUAUUCCUACGUUGACCAAACAAAAAUCAAUCACGCUGUUCAGCUAUUGGCCCAAGCUAUUCAGGAAGUACACGAUACCCUCCUUAACGCUUGA